AUGCCAUCACUUGAGUUGAACGUGAGCUUCCUGCCUCCGGGCUGGGUGAUCGGCUUGAUCGCCGUUGCCCUAACCGUCCACGUCGUGUGGACGGGAAAUGUCAGGGAGGACGUCCUGCGUCUCUUUCGAGGCGUAGGUCGUCUUCUCAGGCUGGGCGUUCUGGUGCCCGGGGAGCCUGCCCCCGACGACGUCGCACCUGGGUGGGCCGAUGAACGUGCCUUCGAGCACGUUCAUUGGGACUCCCAGAGCGACGUUUCCGAGGAGUCGGCGCUCCGUCCCAACGGCUUUUAG